AUGGCGGGGUUGAUAACUUGGCGGCAUUACCCCGCCAUCGACCUCAGCCGCAUACGUCCGCUUUCCAACACUUUCAAGAUCCUCCUGUCCCGCCGAAGCUAUCGCUGGACCAGCGGUCGGCUAUCUUACGGCCUCCAUCGAUGCGACAAGACGCGGUCGACAACACCGGCAGCUACGAGUACAGGCGCGGACACGACGCCUGCUUCCACCCGCGAUGUUAUCACUAGGGAGCACAGCCGCAUUCACGUCGGGAAUAACAUUUACAAUCACGCAGGCACAAACGGCAACCCCUGCCCCGCAGCUUUGCGGACCACCAACCCCAGACACGACAAGGCACGGAUCGAAUACCGAUACAGGUUUAAAGGUCCUGCAGAAUAGGCAUAAGCAGAAUCCCGGGGCUUCGGUCGUCGAGCGCUUGGCAUGGGGGUUUUUCUCCACGC